AUGGGAUCUGAUCCAGACAAUGCCCAUGCCCCCAAAUGGUGUCAUAUGGGCUCCCUGCUAGCUUCCUGUAGGGUGCAUGGAAGCAUUUCGAUCGGCAUGCAAGCUGCAGAGCACCGUCUAAAGCUGGAACCAAGUUGUGCUGCAACUCAUGUCCAGCUAGCGAAUUUGUAUGGGAGCAUUGGCUGCUGGGAUGAUGUGGCAAGAGUGAGGAAGGUGAUGAAGGAGAGAGGGCUGAAAACAAACAUCGGGUGCAGUUGGAUAGAAGUUGGCAAUAAAGUUUAUACUUUCACAGCAGAAAACAGAUCAAAGAGCCAGUCACAUAUGGAUCACAAGUAUGAUGUACUGAUUGAUGGUCUGGAUUGGGAUGAUCCUGAGCAUAUAAGUUAA